AUGAUGCUCAAUUCGGACCAGACGGAGAUCGACCUGCCCCCGACGCACUCCGAGUCCGAGUCCGUCUUCAGCGACUGCGGCGUGAAGAAAGACCUGCAGCACCUGAGCCGGGAGGAACGCCGGCGCCGGCGGCGAGCCACGGCCAAAUACCGGACAGCGCACGCCACGCGGGAACGCAUCCGCGUCGAAGCCUUCAACAUGGCCUUCGCCGAGCUGCGGAAGCUGCUGCCCACCCUGCCGCCGGACAAGAAGCUCUCCAAGAUUGAGAUCCUCCGCCUGGCCAUCUGCUACAUCUCCUACCUGAACCACGUGCUGGACGUCUGA